AACCUACGACAACAGAUUCAGAACGGACUCCCUUAUCGUACUGAGAAAUGGCGGCGUCCGUGUGCCGAGUCGGGAGCACCGUGGGUCGAGCCCUCGCCAAAUCCCGAAAUCCCAUCCUGCUGUCUCUGAGGCGCGGACAGUCUUCAGUCAGCUAUGCCCAGAGCCUGCUGGGAGCCCCUGAAACUCACCUCACUACCCUGGACAACGGUUUGAGGGUCGCCUCCGAGGACACCGGACAUGCAACCUGCACCGUUGGACUGUGGAUCAGUGCUGGUAGUCGCUAUGAGACUGAGAGGAACAACGGAGCAGGCUUCUUCCUGGAGCACAUGGCUUUCAAGGUACACAUUUCUAGGCUUCAUGACCUUAAAGAAAUCUGA